AUACAGGUAUCAAACAUUACAUAUCAAAAAAGUGAAGGGAGAAAGAGAUCUAGAGAGAGAGAGAGAAAUGGAAGGGGAGAUCAACAACUUCAUCAAGGUAUGGAUAUCUGUCUUCAUAUCUCUAUGCUACUGCUAUGGUAUUGGCAAGAUUGUACCCAAAGGCACACCGAGACUGCUCACAAUAGUCCCUGUGGUGUGUCUCUUCCUAGCUUUGCCUCUCAAUCUAAACUCUAUGCAUCUUGGAGGCACAAGCGCAUUCUUCAUUGCUUGGCUCGCCAACUUCAAACUCCUCAUGUUUGCAUUUGGUAAAGGCCCUUUAUCAGACCCUUCAAUUUCUCUCCCACAAUUCGCUGCACUCGCUUGUUUCCCCAUCAAAAUCAAACAAGACCCACCUCCAAAUCACAAUUCCGAACAAAAACCACCUCCCAGAAAUUUCAGAAAAGGCCACAAAUCGCCUUUGAAUUACGCUACCAAAUUUUUACUUUUGGCCGGGUUGAUCCGUGUGUAUGAUUACAGUGAAUAUAUACAUCCAAAGGUUAUACUUUUUCUGUAUUGCUUCCAUAUAUAUUUUGCUUUGGAGAUCAUACUGGCCAUGGUUGCAGCCCUGGCUCGGACCCUUUUGGGGUCGGAGCUUGAGCCACAGUUCAACGAGCCCUACCUCUCAACCUCGCUACAGGACUUCUGGGGUCGGAGGUGGAACAUGAUGGUGAGUCGUAUUCUACGCCCAACCGUAUACGAACCCAUCCUCGGUCUCUCAACACGGCUUUUGGGCCGGAAAUGGGCCCCUCUGCCAGCCACUUUCAGCACGUUUGUGGUGUCGGGUAUCAUGCACGAGCUCAUAUUUUAUUACUUGGGCCGCGUGAAGCCCACUUGGGAGAUCACGUGGUUCUUCUUGCUCCACGGGGCGUGUUUGUUGAUUGAAAUUGCGAUCAAGAAGGUCGUGAAAGACAGGUGGCGGUUGCCGAGAAUAAUCUCCGGGCCAUUGACGGUGGUUUUCGUGUUGAGUACCGGUUUUUGGCUGUUUUUCCCGCAGUUGUUACGGUGUAAUGCUGAUGCUAGAGCGUUUGCGGAGUAUGCUGCGGUGGGCGCGUUUGUGAAGAAUGUCGGCCGGAAUUUAACGGUCAAGUCUUUGAAUGCAACCUGGGUUUAGUCAACAUUUCAAAUUUAUGUAUAUUUAUGUAUCAUGUUCUUAUGUUUGUGCUAUAAAUAUAGAUUACAAGAUAGAUUAGGUUUAUGGGAAAGGUCAUAAGACUCAUAACUGUGAACCAUUUGAUCAAUUACACGAAAAUUACACUGAAGAUUUUGAUCAAUGGUGUUGACUGAUUAUAAAAAGUUUAUGAUUUUGAUCAAUGGUUUUGAUUAUAAAAGUUGAUUUUGAUUA